UAAAAUUCGAACAGAAGUAACAUAAGAAUCUAUCCGGGUUUUUUUCAAAAGGAGGUUCCAUUUUGUUUGUUCUGAUCUGUAUCUAGUCUGCAUCUUAUAACGUGUAUUGAAACGAUGAGAAUGUUAGAUAUUUUACAAUAUAUAUGAAAACGUGUCGGAUGUGACUGAUUCUUUUAUACCGAUGCCAAAAGUAGAGAAAGUUUGCAAGAAAGAUAGUUGUAUAACACCGAUUUCAAAUUACCAAGACAGCAUAAGAUGUAUGUUCACACUGAUGUAAAGGUAGAAAACCGACGUCGUUUUAAGUAAAGUUUUAACAGCAAUAAAAAAGAAAGAAAGGAUCGUUUUCUUACACCAAUAAACAAUAAACAAGGCAGAAGAUAUAUAGAAAGAAUGUGCAUGGGCCAAAUUGCCGCAUACCAAAAUUUAAAAAAGAAGAUAUUUCGGUCUGGCAACAAAUGCAAAGGAAUAUAAUCCAGUAGAAUCAUUCGAAGUUUCUUUAUCAAACAAUUUAGUUAGAUAAACAAACGAGAAAAUACGGAAAAUGUUUCGCAGAAUAAACAAAAAUAUGAUGAUCAUAAUAGUGCUCCAAUUUGUACUCUUGGUACUGUAUUACAAUGUUCCAAAUAACAAAGAAGCAUACCCACGACAUGAAACAUAUGAAGACGAAAACAAGUCCGAUAAAAGUGCCUCAAAAUAUAUAUUUAAUUGUACAAAUAUAAACAGCAUUAGAUUAUUCAAGUAUGAUAUUGGUGGAGGAAUGUCAAAAACUAUCGAUAUUGGUACCUUUGAAAGAGAAACGGUAGUGGUUAAAAGACUUUCACCACGUAAAAACCCUAAAGAAAGGGAUGCACAGUUCAGAGAAGUGUUGUUUAUGAAAGACAUACUUAUGCGAGACCAACUUGACCAUCCAUCAAUUAUAAAAAUGUUAGGCUUUUGUGUGAAUCAUUUAAAGCACGAUCUUGAUAUCUACCAAGGUUAUCUCCCUUUUGGUGACAUUUCUGCAGUGUAUGAAUUUGGCAAAGAGUUUAGAAUUGCGGAAGCCAAAUUUAGAAUAGAGGAAAGACUCAAUCAUGCACUUGAUAUAGCUGAUCUGAUAUCCUAUUUGCAUCAUUCUCCGCUUGGAUCUUUAAAACUUGUUGAUUUUUUGCCAUAUGACCAUUUCCUUAUGGUCAAGGGUAAGAUCAAAUUGAUUGAUCUGGAUUACAUAAAUAAUGUAGAGCCCACGUGUUAUUUUUCGUCUGGAUGCUCUUAUUAUAAUAUCACAUGUCAACCAUUAAAUAGUUACGAAAUUCAAUACACCAAUUGUAAAUCUACAAAUAAUUGCACAAUUGGUGUGUGCAGAGGAACAAAUCUAAAACAUAACAUGGCUAGAUUUACCGAAUCAUUCUUCGCGCAUCUCUUAAAACCGGAAUUAUAUCCUUUAGAUAAGCAAAAGAAACUAAUACAAUUAUUACUACGUCUUGAUAAACAUGAUAUAUACAUUGAUGAUCUGCUAGAUGAAUUGAGAGGUAUCAAGCAAACAUUCCCGAUAUUUAAAGAGAAUUUAUAACAUUCAAUUAGACCAAAAAAUGGCUGACCUGUCGUAUGUACAGUGAAGAACACUAUUGAAUAAAGGUUGCAUUACA